AUGAACGGUCAUCGAACAAUUGACUGCCAAAAACUCAAGAACCGAUUUGCGUGGGAGCUUGAAAAAUCAAACGCUAUUUGUUACAGAUGUAACAAAAAAGGCCAUAAGGCAAAUUACUGUGAUACAACCGACUGCAACUAUUGCGGUAAAUACGGUCAUCUCCAGAAAGAUUGUCGAAAAUUGAAAGAGCGAGCAAGAAAGGCCGACAUUGGCCUGUGCUACAAUUGUGGUGAAGCAGGCCACAAACUUUACCAGUGUCCAUAUCGAACUCGUGAACGACAGCAAUCGGAAAGUGACGAAGACAACAAGGAUGGUUACGAAUCAGGAAUAACUUGUUGGUCUUGUGGACGACGAGGUCACAAACGAGCACAAUGCCCAAGAGAGAAUGAAUAA